UGUUUUUCUUUAACAACUCAUCGUUUCUGGCCAAAAGAUUGUGCAAAAACAGACGGUCUAGUGGUACCUCGUAGUAGUCUCGUUAGGUACGGUUACGUUAAAAUGUUUUCCGCCGACAGGAAGCAAGUCAAAUGGAAAUGUUUUUGGCUGAUCGUUAUGUUUGGCACCGUACAAGGUAGUGUCAAAUUCGUUAUAGAACCCAAGGAUAUUGUGACAACUGCCGGUGAAACUGUUCGGUUAGACUGUGAAGCAAAAUUUGAUAGUGUAGCAACUUUGCCAAAAAUUAGAUGGAGGAUUCCCAACCAACCAAACUUGGAUUUUAUUGGAGACACAAAGAGAACUUUGCUGAACAAUGGGUCAUUACUUAUUAAAAACGUUUUUAACGAUGAGACAAAUCCAUCUGACGGUCUAGAAGCAUAUCAAUGUGUAGCAUUUGUUGAUGAUAUUGGUUCGGCCGUGAGUCGUAUUGCGACUAUUAUACUUGCUCGAUUAUCACCGUUUGAAAAACAGCCGACAAAUUUAAGACUUUUUCCGGGUCAAACUGCUUACUUUUCGUGUGUGAUCAACUCUCAAUCGCCUCAGAAAAUAGUUUGGCUUAAAGAUCAUUCGCUAUUAAUAAUAGAUGGUUCUCGGAUGACAAUUUUUCCAUCAAUAGCAUUAGAAAUUGUUGAUGUACUCAAAGCUGAUGCUGGUGAAUAUCGCUGUAACGUUACUGGAUUGGGUAGUUACAGGCUGAGUGAUCCUGGUGUUUUGACAAUCGAUGAGAAUGAAGAACUUAUCAAGAGGCCUAAAGCCCCAGAAUUUAUUGCCAAACCACAUUCGACCAUUGCUUUAGAAGGGUCGGUAGUUUCGUUAGAUUGUGCAGCUAUAGGAAAUCCUCGACCCCGAAUUUCGUGGCUGAAGGAGGAUGGUGCUUUGAUUGAUGUGGCUUUCAGAUUGUUAGAUAGUCGUUACAGCAUUAUCGGCACAGGAGGUCUACAAAUUACUCAAGUCAACAAGAAAGACAACGGAAAUUAUGUUUGCCGAGCUGAAAAUGGUGAAGGUUCUGCUGACGUUCUUGCUACACUUGAAAUUCAAGUCAAACCACAGUUUAUUAAGAAACCCAAAGACACCAUGGUCGUCGAAAAAGAAGAUAUAGUAUUGGAUUGCGAAGUUGAAGGAAAACCGACUCCACAAAUUACAUGGUUAAAAAAUGGUGAUCAAAUUAAACCAGGCGAAUAUCUACAAUUUGUUAAUGGUACAAAUUUAAAAAUAUUGAGAUUGAUGACGGACGAUUCUGGAAUGUUCCAAUGUUUAGCGUCGAAUCCAGCUGGCAAUAUUCAGUCAUCGGCGUUUUUAAAUGUUUUUCACACAGUGUUGACUAAGGCAGAAAUGAACUUACCUGGACCUCCAUUAAACGUGACGGCUAUGCCAAUUUCCUCGUCUUCGAUUUUCGUCUCUUGGAACAAAUCUGACCAAGGAAACAAAUCCUAUAAUGAACAUAAAUUGUUCUUUGUUGAUACUUACACUAAUGAAGAAAAGUACAAAAUAACCAAACAUACCAAGAAAUUCAGUCAAGAUGGGCUAAUAACUGGCUAUAAAAUACAGUAUAGGAAACGAGAUGAGAAGGUGUACCGCGAUAUAACAACAGCUGGGGAUAUUACUAGUUACCAAAUUUCUGGUUUAGAAAAAAGCUCUGUGUAUCAAGUUCGGCUUUGGACUCUUCACACUGUAGGAAAAAGUCCACCCACAGACUGGUUAACGGUUGAAACAUACGAAAAUACUCUUGGAGAAAACACUGUUCCCGAUUCACCGACCAAUUUCAAAGUUCGAGCGUUUUCCAAUUCGUUGCUGGCUACUUGGUCACCUCCCAAAGACAAGGCAAUAAUGGUCAGAGAGUACACUUUGGGGUGGGGUAAAGGUAUCCCGAAUGUGUACACAGAUAAGUUGAGUCCAAAAUCACGGCAGUAUGAAAUCACUAAUCUAGAACCGGGUACAAAAUAUGUUUUGAGCAUUGGCGCAUGCAACGACAUGGGCGUUAGUCCAUUGGCUUAUCAAGCCGCUACUACAAGAGCCAGUAACAUGAACACGUUGGAAACGAAUAAACCAUUGAUUCCGCCAAUAGGAUUAAAAACUAACAUUAUUUCUUCGAACGCUAUCGAAGUGUCGUGGACUGACAAUACUCUACUAGAUUUGGAUAUGAAUGAAGAUGAAAAACGUUUAUAUGUUGUACGAUAUAACGUUUACGCCCCAAGCAACGUCGGGUAUAAAACGUUCAACACCACAAAACUGUCUUGUAUCAUUAACAGUUUGAAACCUAACACACAGUACGAGUUUACAGUGAAAUUAAUUAAGGGUGAAUUGGAGAGUGAGUGGAGCAUGCUGGUAUCAAACUACACUAAAGAAGCCAAACCAGCAUCGCCUCCUAGAGACUUGGCCGCUAUUAAAAUCGAUGAUAAACCUCAGUCAAUAACCCUAAAUUGGCAACCACCAAUAUUUUCAAAUGGAAAAAAUGGCAAAAGUGGAAUUAAUAUCACUACUAUAUUGUAUAUCUUAAUAAUUUGCUGUUUGAUGCUAAUAUCUUGUAUUGGUGUUGGAAUCGCUCUGUUGUGUUGUAAGCAAAACAAACCGCUUAGCAAUAGAAGUAAAAAGGAGUAUAUAAAAGGUAAAACUGUAAAAGCGGCUCAAUCGCCGAGCAUCAAGCCACCAGAUCUGUGGAUACACCCUGAUCAGAUGGAACAAAUAUUGAACGAAAAAUCUUCUCAAGGAUCGUUAGAUUCAUGUUCAGGUUGCAGUCAAGGAAGCACCAACACUUAUGAUGGAUUUGACACCCGUGUGACAACACAUCACGUGCCACAUUCGACUAAUUCAUUGGACAAGAGUAACGUGGAUAUGACCACUUUACCAAGGCAAGAAUCUAGCUCGCCAUUUCCAUUUCAACAUGCCACUACCAGAGCACAUGUUACCGUAGACUUGACUGCAGGUGCUCCUAAAAAUAAUUAUAUUGUCCAAGCUACAACUGUUUUGGAAAAAUAUGAGUCCAUUCCUUUGACAUCUACAUCUAGUCUUCAGCAGCACAUAGGAUCGAUGAACACAAAAAGACAGCAAGGCCAUCCUUUGAAAAGCUUUAGCGUACCUGCCCCGCUGCCCCAGUCAGUGCCGUCGACACCACAGCAAAAACCCAAUGUUACAGUAAGACCUCAAGGAUCGUCUGGUCUAUACAAAAAACCAAUGACCUAUUCGAUGGUGAACAACUCGCCGACCAAUAAGUCAAAACUAGCCAGUGCUCCGAAAGUAUCGAAACCACCAACUACCAACGAUCAGUCCAAUCAACAGAGCGACUUGGGUCCUGAAGUAGAAUUCCUUAGCAAAAUACAGACGUCGAACAGUACUGAAGAACUAAAUCAAGAAAUGGCAAAUCUGGGAAGAUUGAUGAAAGACUUGAACGCGAUCACCGCAUCCAAAUUUCAGUGUUAACAGAAUUCCACUUCGCCUUCUUACGUACUACGACCACAUUGUUAUAUUAUGGUUGGAAAUUAUUUAUUUAUAUUUAAACAUAAUACUGUUUGUAUUAUAAUAAUAUUAUAUAAUAUUUAGUAUUUGAUAGUGACUAUUGCAAAGACUGAUCGACCAGAGACUAGGCCGCCAGCUCUAGUAUUUGAAAAUAUUAAUUUUUUUAUAUAAUCCAUUAUAAUAUUAUUAUUUCUUUUUUUUUUUUAUUCGAUUUAAGCUUAAUUAUUACAUUAUGUGAAAAAUAUUUUUACGACAACGGUCCUUUUCUUACGUACUAAAAGUUUGAGUCUUUAAAAAAAAAAUAAUUAUUAUUUUAGUAUAUUUCUGUGUAUAAAACUUAAA